AUGCAGAGCAUUGUCGAAUCAUUGCGGCGGUCGCCGCUAGAGCAGGAGCUGUACGAGGACCAGUCAGAGCUUCAGGAGGACUUCGUGGUGGGCCGGGUCCCAUUCCAGAGACUCACCCCUCGAAUCUCGGUCGCACCCGUGGACCGUCCCUAUGAGUUCUUGCGUGCACACACGGAUGAUUCGAAGAACCCAGACUGCCGGAUUAAGAUUGCGCACGGUACGACGACGCUGGCGUUCCGUUUCCAGGGGGGCAUAGUGGUGGCUGUGGACUCGCGUGCAACGGCUGGGCAAUGGAUUGCGUCCCAGACAGUGAAGAAAGUGAUUGAGAUAAACCCUUUUCUACUUGGGACUAUGGCGGGUGGUGCGGCCGACUGUCAGUACUGGGAGACUUGGUUGGGAGCACAGUGCCGACUACACGAGUUGAAGGAAAAGGAGCGCAUCUCGGUGGCCGCUGCGUCGAAGAUCUUGAGCAACCUUGUAUACGAAUAUAAGGGCGCAGGGUUGUCUAUGGGAACUAUGAUUUGUGGAUACACGAAAAAAGAGGGGCCAACCAUUUACUACGUCGACUCCGAUGGGACCCGUCUAAAGGGUGAUCUCUUCUGCGUGGGAUCUGGGCAGACGUUCGCAUACGGUGUCCUUGAUACGAACUACCGCUGGGAUCUGAGCGUCGAAGAUGCUUUAUACCUUGGUAAAAGAUCCAUCCUAGCAGCUGCACAUAGAGAUGCCUACUCCGGUGGUUCGGUAAACCUAUACCACGUGACUGAAAACGGUUGGGUCUACCAUGGCAAUCAUGACGUCGGUGCCCUCUUCUGGGAGAUCAAGGAGAAGGAGAAAUCCUUCAAUAAUGUCCUUGGGUAA